AUGACCACGGCCGACGGCCCGCCGCCGCGCCGGAGCCAUGUGGCGGUGUUCUCGGAGUCUCAGCGGAGCAUUUGGAUCCAUGGAGGGUACUUCUACGACUACGACCUCUCGGCACAGGCCAAGCGCGGGGAUGUCUGGUCCUAUGACACCGUCGCAGGCUCCUGGACAGAGGCGGCCAGUGUGGCCGUAGUCCGCUAUCAGCAUGUUGCAGUCAUCGACUGGAGUGACAGGAUCUGGAUCUACGGCGGCUCGUUCAGUUCCGUAGAGGACGCCGUGCAAGUCUUCUGGACAGUCCCCACCACCACCACCACCACCACCACCACCACCACCACCACCACCACGACCACCACCACCACGACCACCACCACCACCACCACCACCACGACCACCACCACCACCGCCGUCGCCGCCGCCACAACCGCGGGAGCCGCGACCACCACGGCCCAGUUGGUCCCUGUGACCGUGCAGGGCGCAUGGUCCAGCGACAGCUACACCGCAGGGCCCUUUCGCGUGCAGCUGCUGACCGGGGUCUUCGACAACGAGACCCAGGAGAUCUGGACUUUCGGAGGCCGUGGCAUUGGGCCGGCGGGGGGCUUCGACUACAUUGAGGAUGUGUGGGCCUACAACACGCAGAACGACACAUGGCGCAAUGCCUCGGCAGCUGGGGGCCCUUCUGCGCGGCAGGCGGCGCAGGCGGCCUUUGGCCAGAAGAAGGUGUGGAUCUUUGGCGGCCUCACUGCUUCAGGGCAGGUGGGCGGCUUCUAUGCCUACGACACGAUAGGCCAGUCAUGGGCCACGCUGGCGCCGAGCAACUCCGGGCCCAGCGCCCGCUUCGGCGGCAGCGCCGUCUUCGAGCCGAGCGCCGGGAGGCUGUGGUUCUUCUCCGGCGGCAACAGUGGGAGUUUCGACGUGUGGACCUUCGACAUCGCCGGCAACAGUUGGGCCCAGCGUGCGGACGCGCCCAUGGGCGCCAGGUCCUAUCACUCAUCGCUCUUUGAGAACGGCGCCUUGCCAGGCCGGGUGUGGAUCUUUGGGGGCACAGCGGGCAGCGCUUUCUACAACGACCUCUGGUUGCUGGACUCGGACAUCCAGGCAGACACCUGGACCAACAUGACCACGGCCGACGGCCCGCCGCCGCGCCGGAGCCACGCGGCGGCGCUCUCGCAGGACUACGACCUGUCACAACAGGCCAAGCGCGGGGACGUUUGGGGCUAUGACACCGGCGUGGGUGCCUGGACGGAGGUGAUGGGUCCUGCCGUGGUCCGGUAUCAGCAUGUUGCUGUUGUCGACUGGAGUGACAGGAUGUUCAUCUACGCUGGGACGGGGUCAAGUAGCGUCACGGACUCGGUGGAUGUCUUCUUGACGGCCCUCACCACCACUACCACCACUACCACCACCCUGGCGGUUGCGACCGCUGCAGACGCCCUUGCCGCGAUUGAGGAUUUCCAGUCCAGUUCCUCCACGGAGAUCUUGGGGAUGAGCCUGGGCAGUUCCGCCACGGACGGUUUCACGCUCUAUGCGCGCGAGGCGCCGUCGCCGGUGCUGAACGGCACAGUGAUGUUCAGAGCCGUGCAGGCGAACUCGUCGGCUUCCGUAGUGAUCAACUACCAGCAGCUCCGUGUGGAGCUGCCGGCGUCGCUGGUCAGCGCGCUUCAGGCGCAAGGCUUCUUUGUGAUCAGCCUGGCGGUCUUGGAGGACGUCACCCUCUACUACACGCCUGGGCUGCUUGCGCCCCUUCUGAGCCUCAACAUCUAUACGCAAAGCGGCGAGGUUACUACGCUGCCACAGCCCCUGGAGAUCACUCUUCCUUUCCAGGCGCCGGCGGGCAAGUUCCGCACCGAUUGCGCUUACUGGGACGAGUCCCUACAGGCCUGGUCGACCGAGGGGGUGUCGGUUGUGCGCAUUACCGCUGACGCCGUGACCUGCUCCACCACCCACCUCUCGAUCUUCGCCCUGAUCCUCAUGGUCUUCAUUUGCAGCAAUGCGGCCGCCAUCUUCUCCCAGGAAGGCUUCGAGGCCCUGGUGGAGUUCCAAUGGCUGUCGCAGGGGCCGGGCCUUUGCACGGUCCUGGCUCUGGUGCUCUGCACCGCGCUGCUGCUCAUUGCAUGCUGGCGGGACGCGCAGCUCAAGAGCCACCGGAGGCAUCUCGUGGAGAGCUGGCAGUCCUGCCAGCAGGCCCAUCUGCGGAAGAUGGUGACGAAGGAGCUGCCCAAGGAGAAGCUGGAGAUCCACCCCAGGACCGCGAAGAAGUUCCUGUACAAGCACGUGCACUCGCAGCUCUUGCUGUACAAGCUGGGUGUGGAUGUCGCCUUCCUGAAGCAGCUCUACGUGACAGGGGGCUUUACCCCACUUCACGCGCAGGCCAAGGACUAUCUGGCGCAGAUCCAUGCGCGCAGCUUGAGAGCGAAGGCCACCGUCUUGUGGCUGGCCCUGUGCAAGUGGGUGCGCUUCUCCUCACCCACGGCGCACAGCUCCUCGCUGGAGCGGUGUGCAGCAACUUUGGCCAAGUUCUGGAGCGGCCUGGCGCUGGUGGCGUUGUUCUACAGCACCACGGCCCUGGCGGCGAAUCUGCCGCCCGAGUGCCAGGAGGAGAAGUCCCUGCUGGCGACCAUCGUGCGAGGCGCUGUGGUUGCCUGGCUUGGAGCCGUGGUGGGCUUUCUGCCAAUGGCCGCCGUGCUUUUCAUCCAGCACAAGAUGAUCCGCAGCCGCCUUGGAACCGCAGCCAGGGUGUUGUUCUGGGUCUUUGUGUGCGUCUACCUGCUGCUGUCCCUCUUGACCAUCUGGCUCUUCCUGGCCUCAGUGAGCCCUUCCGACGGCUGGGACUUCCUGGUGGCCGCGGUGACCAGCGUGGUGAGGACGAUUCUCCUCACCCCGUGGGUGGCGGUCGCCUUCUUCUUGGGGCUCUUUGGCUGCUGGGGCGCGGGCCCUGAUGUGGCCCUGGCCUUUGCCACGGUGACUGGCGACCAGAAGUACCGGAUGCGACUGGAGAAGGUGGCGGUUGCUGGGGUGCAGCCGAAGGGUCCCAUCAGUUUCAAUUGCCAUGUGCCCGGCCAUCCAAGCACGUCCGUCUUCCUGAAAGCAUUGGAGCAGGAGGACCAACACCUGGCCUCAGGAGAGGUUUGCUGGACUGGAUUGGAUGCAGACCAGGUCGUCUUCAUCAAUGUCUAUGUGAAGGCCAAGCUUCUGGGAUCUCAGGGUGUGCGUGUGCAAGAUCUGCUCGACGAGGGCGGGGGCGUGCGAAACCUUCCCCUACAGACCAAAGCCGCGGAAGCGGCGUCCUUGCGUCUGACGACCGCCUUGACUGUGGAAGAGGGGCAGGUGGACUUCCCAACGCUGGUGGACGGCGACAAUUCGAUGGGCGGGGAUGGCGGGACGCUGGAAGAACUGAAGGAGUCGGCCCUGGCGGCCAAGGCGGAUGUGGAGGAGGAAAUGCAUGCAGCGGAGUUUAUGGACUUUGUUGAGGCCCUGAACGAGACGACAGUGUAG